AUGGAAAAGGGCCCAAUGAAGUUGGAUCUUCGUUUUCCAUCCAAAGCCUCCCUUUUAUACAGAGGGUUUCAUCCUUGACACGUGUCAUAAUCCACGUGUAGGAUCUUUUUUUUUAAUAAAUAAAAGAUCUAAACAAGGCGGUUAUCGAAAAUUUUCCAGCCUCUCAAACAAAAAACUGCAGGAGUGGCAGUGGCGUUCUUCAGGUAAUGGCAUUGAAUAUCUUCUUGGCGUCUCUUCACCCAAAUCCUUCGUCUUCCUCUUCAUCUACGUCGCCUCCAUCGAAUCAGAGACAUCGUCUGUUUCUGCAACUCUAUCCCCAUCCUUCUUCUGCAACCCGCGUUCGAUCUGAGCAGAGCGAGAGCGGCGUCACCGACAGCGACGAUCCUUCUUCGUCUUUCUCCGGUUCUUUGUCAUCAUCGCGCACACAGCUUGAUCUCUUGGACGGGUACUUGAGUGAUGGAAUUGGUGGCUCGAGGAACCUCUCAAUUCGCGACCAGCUAGCUCAGCUUGUUGCCGAGAGAGACGACAAUUUCACCAUUCCCUUAGGUAAAAACCUAAAGAAACUGAGUCCGAAAUUCUUGACCGUUUCGCAGAAAAGGAACAUUAAGAGGCAAUCAUACCUUAAUGAAGUCUCUCAGAGGAACGAUUCCGUCUUCUUUGCUACAAUAGGGGCGUUUGUAAUCCUCCCACCUUUUGUGAUUCUGGGAAUUGCUGUACUAACUGGUUAUGUCCAACUCUUUCCGUAAUUCACAGAAAAUGCAUAUAGCUGUAGAGUUUUUGCUUGUAUCUAUUAAAGAGAGAGUGUCAAGUAAUAAAAUAGCUGGUAUAAUCUUUUGCUUGGAA